GAAUUCUUUCCGGGUUGAGGGAGGGACCCGAAGGGUUCUGUUGGAGCUAUUUACUUAUUUAAUUUUUUCAUCGCCCCUCAGUCUUAUCUAGUUUUUUAGAAGCUUAUUUUUGAUCUGUGAGAAGAAGCCACUUAGGCCAAGCGGUUAGCCAGUGUAUUGUUAUAAAGAGACCAAAUCGUAUUUACAGAUGGAGGGAUGUGACUCAGGACUUCCUUCUGAGCCAUCAGAGCCAUCACAGAGAGGCAGUCUGUCCUCAGCUGGUGCUCGUGCUUUAGAGGUUCUAAUCUAUCUUGUGAAUGACACUGCAGUCCAGCUGAUGGUAGAUAACAUGACAUCUAUUACGGCUCAAGAUUUAGGACGAAGUGUCAGAGAAGCCUUGCAGCUUCCUGAAAUUGCAGGAGAUGUGUUUACCUUAUGGAUCGUCUCUCCCCUUCUUGAACUACAGCUUAAACCCAAACACCAGCCUUACAAAUUGUGCCGACAGUGGCAGGAUCUAUUGUAUAGAUUUACUGACUCCUCAGAUGAUGACAUUGCACAUGAUGAACCAUGCUUACAAUUAAGAAGAAAUGUAUUUUUCCCGAAAGCUAAGGAAUUCUUGAUGGAGGAUGAGAGCAUCCUUCGACUGUUAUAUGAAGAGGCCAAAAUGAAUAUCCUUGAUGGGCGAUACCCAUGUGAUAUUGAAGAUUGUGAGAGGUUAGGAGCCCUGUCCUGCAGAAUAGAGCUGGGACAGUUCAGGCAACAGCAGUCUUGCACCGGCUUGCUUAGGGAGAAGCUGGACUCUUACCUUCCAAGUCACCUAUGUCGUCGAGGCCAUGGUAAUUUCUUUUCUGCAAUUCUGGGGAAAGGUGCUCGACAGCAUAAUCUUGAGCAAAGCUUGCUACAGGCCUAUCAGAACAUCACAGAUCCCAGUGACUACACAGAGGAUCAAAGGUUGAAGAAGCACUUACAGGAUUACUUGCACUUAUGCCAUCAGUUGCCUUACUAUGGAUGUGCAUUUUUUACUGGCGAGAUUGAUAAACCAGUUCAAGGUUUCCUGCAAAGAGGGGGUAGAAAGUCUGUUUUCAUUGCCAUUAGCCUGGAAGGUGUUUAUGUCAUUGAUAUCAAAGAAAAGCAUGUUCUUUUGGGUUUGCACUUUAAUGAGCUCUCUUGGGACCACACAUACCCUGAGGAAGAAGAUGACACCCACAUCUUGUGGCUAGAAUUUGAUGGGGAGGAAGCAGGAACACCUGUUAACAAACUUCUUAAGAUUUACUCCAAACAGGCAGAGCUAAUGAGUGGGCUGAUUGAGUACUGCUUGGAGCUCAGUUCUCUGGAGGUGGCAGAGCCUGAGACAGGUGAUGCCUCAACCUCCAAUAAUUCAUCACAACGGGUGGUAGAGAAGCGGGGGAAACUGAAACGGCAAAACAGCGUUGUAUGUAGUCGGAUCCAGAACCUUGCAACUAUUAACUACGUUGAUGAUGGCAGAGAGAUCAAGCGUGUGAAACCAAAGAGAGCAGCUUCCUUCUUCACCAGACAGGCACCUCCCAGCUCCUCGGCAUACACAGCAGUCCAGGUGUCUGAGAGCCUGGAGCAGGGCUGAGGUUGUAAAGCUGCUCCGCUGUCCCACAUCCCCUCCCCUAUGUCUACAACUCUAAAUUCCUGCUUCUGUGAGACCAAAUGGACAUUUGAUAAAAGAUAACAAGAAUUACCAGGGUGGUAAUGUAAGAGUUUGACGAUGUGGACCAAUAUGCUACUUACUGGACAAGUGAGCCACAUUCCAGUAGGAUGCAGUACAGUAACUUUACAUACUGUUAGAUUUGCUGCUUACUUGACUACAUAUCUUUUUUUUUUUUUUUUGUUAAAAAUAUGUUUUGUUUAUUUCCCUUGGAAACAGUUAACUUAAAAUUAUAGUGUUUAAAAUGAUUUUUUAUACCAUUAACUAGAUGUUGACCUACUCUCAAUAUUUAAUCUUUAAUAUACUUAUGUAUAAGCUUUAACUUGUUAGCCAUGUCGGUUUUUGUAUAAAGUGUAAUAAGAUUAGUUAUAUACUUGCCACCUAGAUUGUCGGAAUAGGUAUGCUAUAAUAUAGCUCCCAGAGCACAUUCAGAAAUACAGCAUGCCUCCCUUAAGGGCGAGAGGCUUUACAGCCAUUUAGAAUAUUGUGGUAAAUAAGGAAAAUGGAAAGGCAGCAACACUACAGACAUAAGUAAAGUAGUUCAAAGUUCAACAAAAAUGAAUUUGAGUGAACAACAAUCUGAAACAGUCUGUGGUAUACCAAAUUAAAUGAUAGUAGUCCUGUGCGUUAAUAUAUAUUUACUUUUUUACUUGUGCAAUAAAUGUGUGAAUAUUAUGGUUUGUCAAAAGAGUAAGAAGAUUCCUCCAGAUAGUUUUGUGCUGUGGUUUUCCCCCUGCAUAAUAAUGAUGUGUGAUAUAACAGGAGGCUGAAUAUUUAGAUUAUAGUUACACAUUUACGUAUUUGCAACACAAACUUAUUUAAGUGCACUGAUAUGUUUAUGAAUUUAAUGGGCCUUAAAACUGGAUUAGAGUAGUUUUUAUUUUAUUAUCAUUACAUGCCACUUUUGCCUUUACUGGUUUCACCCAUGUCCUUAACUACAAAACUCUCUUAGUAUUGAAUGAAUCUGUUAAAUCUGAUUAAAAAAAAUGUAAAUAGCUUAAAUAUAUCUAUAGAAAUGUUGAACUUUAGAGUGUAAACAAAAAGGUUGUUAUAUGGAUUAACAAAGUCCUGCAUCAAUGUGACAGCCAUUUUCUUCAUCAGGUAAAUUGUUGGAUACAAGUUUUAACAUUUUUGUUUUUCCAAAGAGUGAAAUCGAUUGUAGACUCAGAUAAACUUAAAAUUAAAAUGGACUUGGGCAUCCAGAAUAAGCGUUUAAUGGUCAAAUUACUAUUUAUCAUUAAAAACACUAAAACUAUUAUUUUGAUAAAUAAAAUUGUUCCUAAGCUGCAUUUUGUAACAUAACUGCUUUACAGGCUUCUUUGUGAUGUUGCUAUAUAACUUUGACUGAAGAUGGAACAGGAAUGACAGAGCAAAAUCUCUGAAGUACCAAGAUAGUUACUUAACUUAAAUGUUUCUUUAUUUUUUGUCAACAUUUCACCUUGUAAUGUCUUGGCAGGAUUAAAUUCUGAAAUGCCAAAGCAACUGAUGAAAGGUAAUAUGUUAAAAAAAAAUCUCACAUUUCAAAAUAUUGCCAAAAUAAAUAUUUUUCUAAAUCUGAUGGCAAGGCAUGCUGGGGCACGUUUUCAGAAGUUAUUAUUUUUGCCUUCUUGAUUUUCGUCACCUUAAAAAUUACUACUUGUGCAUUAAUUCAGCAACUCAGCAUUUCAGAUUACUAACAAGUAGAUUAAGUUCAGCAAACACAUAGUGGUGCAAAUUAUUAUUUUUUUUUGUUUUGUUUUCUUUGGGAAGAAGUAUUCUGAAAAUCUCAGCAGUAUCUUGUGAUUAUCAAUUUGUUUAAACUAUGUUAUAUGUAGAAAAAAAUAGGCUAUCUUUUUGUAGUAGAAUGUAACAUACACAAUACACACAGAGAAAGGCUUUGAAAGAACUGGAGUUUAUGUUAAUUGGCGUUUUUGAAGUAGCCAUUUAAUAUUUAGAUACUGUAUGCAUAUUGCCAGCUUUUUCUGAAGGAACUGUUCAUAUUGUAUAUAAUGUGAUACAAGUGUUAGAAUUACCAAUGCCUAGCAUUUUUAGAUAAUUCUUUUAAUAAGAUCUAUAUUUUCUAAAGCCAAGUCAAAGUUCUGAUAGACUUGCCUUACACUGAUUAGAAAAAACAUGAAUUUAAGUACUGUAACUACUGCUGCUGUUAUCUUAUAUCAGACAAUCAGUGUUUCAGAAUGCAUACCAUUUGUGUAUCCCGAAAAGUCAGGUAAAGUGCAAUUUGACUCUGGACUGUUUCCAGGCAUGUCUUCUAGGAAAACUGUCACAUUCCUACAGUUUCAGAGGUUUAGUUAACUGAUUUGUUGACAAUGGGUGAUGGCUUCCAUUAGCCCGUGAUACAGUGCAACCAAUUUCUGAAACUGGAUGGGUGGGUGUAGGAGUACCAGUAAUAUCUGUCGUGACUCUGUGUACAUAAUUGUCAACUGCUUUUGUAAUAAUAAGGGCUUCCACUGUAACAAAUUAAAGUGCUGUUGCUACGUUCA